AUGAGUUUUAAUAAAAAUAACCCCAACGCCAUGGGGAAAAUUAUGGGAUAUCUGAAGCAGAUCUCUACGGAAAUGGGGAGCGAACCAAGUCGUCGUGGACAAGGCGACGAGGAGAGACUAUACAAAACCCGAGGGCCCAAAUACACAAGAGUUCCAUCGAAGUCUACACUCUCCGCAUCCACGACUAGUACUUCACUUGCCACAACCUGUGGAUCCCAAGGGGUUCUUGUACCAAAUUACGCAACAAUCCCAGAACAAGCAUCAACUGAAAGCAGCAGCGAAGACGAACAAGAUUCGUUCGAAAAUACUCGCCGCCAUUUCCAGCAACUGCGGCAAAUCAGUUUAGGGAACGAAUUCAAGUACAAAAUGGAAAUGGAAAUUAAAAAUGACAAGGAGGAUAAUUUGAAAAAUUCUAGUCCAUUCAUAAAACAGUUGAGUUUGGACAGUAACAAAGUAACACAAGACUUCGCCAUCAAUGGCGAUGCUCCGCCGUACAUGCCGACAACCCAACGCCUCUAUUUGUGGACACAACUUUUGGCUGCAUUUGCUGUAUCAAUAUGUUCAAUGAUUGUGGGAUUCAGUUCCGCAUACACUUCUCCUGCACUUGCAAGCAUGAACGGAACUAUUUAUGGAAACCCCAUAAGUAAUGAGGAGAUUACGUGGAUUGGUGGGCUUAUGCCGUUAGCUGCAUUGGUGGGUGGUGUAGCCGGAGGUCCUCUAAUAGAUUGCUUAGGAAGACGAUGGACCAUUAUGGCAAUGGCUAUACCAUUUUUCUUGGGCUGGAUUUUAAUUGGUGCUGCAACAAAUGUUUUGAUGGUGUUUGCUGGACGUGUUUUCUGCGGUGUCUGCGUGGGAAUAGUUUCCCUAGGCUUCCCGGUCUACCUUGGGGAAACAUUACAGCCUGAAGUCCGAGGCGCGUUUGGAUUAUUACCCACUGCUUUUGGUAAUACUGGCAUUCUUUUAGCAUUUUUCGUCGGAAGCUACCUCGACUGGUCUAAAUUAGCCUUCUUUGGAGCCGCAAUACCGGUGCCCUAUUUUCUUCUUAUGCUAUUAACUCCAGAAACUCCACGUUGGUUGGUCUCUAAAGGGCGACCGGACGAUGCUCGCAAAGCUUUACAAUGGCUACGAGGAAAAAAUGCAAAUGUUGAAAAAGAAUUAAAAGACUUAACCCGAACCCAGGAUGACGCUGAUAAACAAGGAGGAAACGCUUUUAAACAACUUUUUAGUCCUAAAUACAUGCCAGCGGUUUUUAUUUCUCUUGGGUUAAUGUUAUUCCAACAACUAAGUGGAAUAAAUGCCGUUAUUUUCUAUGCAGCAUCAAUUUUUAAAAUGGCUGGAAGCAGUGUCGACGAGAAUUUAUGUAGUAUUAUUAUAGGAAUAGUAAAUUUUAUAUCCACUUUUAUAGCUACAGUCAUAAUAGACCGUUUAGGUCGCAAGGUGUUAUUGUAUAUUUCUUCGAUUGCGAUGAUAUGCACAUUAGUGACACUGGGAGCUUAUUUCUACAUGAUGGAUUCAGGAGCUGAUAUAAGUAACUAUGGGUGGUUGCCACUCGCAUGUUUAGUUAUAUACGUACUAGGAUUUUCGAUUGGCUUUGGACCUAUUCCAUGGCUAAUGUUGGGUGAAAUUCUGCCGUCAAAGAUUCGAGGUACUGCAGCUGCUUUAGGGACUGGAUUCAAUUGGACAUGCACCUUUAUUGUCACUAAAACUUUCCAUAAUAUAAUUUAUGCUAUAAAUAUGUCUGGUGCAAUGUGGUUAUUUGCUGUUAUAUGUAUUAUAGGGUUAUUUUUCGUUAUAUACUGUGUGCCUGAAACUCGAGGAAAAAGUUUAGAGGACAUUGAAAGAAAAUUGACUGGUGGUUCACGCAAAGUUCGAACUAUAAGUAGUAAACAAGUACAAAAUAUUUGCUAA